AAAGAAGAAACCUUCUGGUGGAGUUUUUAUACUGUGAUUUGGCUUCCAUGAAGUCUAUACGGCAGUUUGUGCAGCGGUUUAGAGCAAAGAGUUGUCCACUCCAUGUCCUGGUGAAUAAUGCUGGGGUGAUGCUGGUCCCUGAAAGUAAGACGGAGGAUGGGUUUGAGGAGCACUUCGGCUUGAACUACUUGGGACACUUCCUGUUGACUAACCUCCUCUUGGACACGCUGAAGCAAUCAGGAACGCACAGUCACCAUGCUAGGAUCAUCACUGUCUCAUCAGCCACCCAUUAUGUAGGCAAAUUGCACCUGAACGACCUACAAAGCAGAUGUUCGUAUUCACCCCAUGGAGCCUAUGCCCAAAGCAAACUUGCCCUUGUGUUAUUUACCUAUCGACUGCAGCAUCUUCUGACUGCAAAUGGAAGCCAUGUGACUGCUAAUGUAGUAGACCCUGGAGUAGUGAAUACCGAUCUCUACAAGCAUGUCGUUUGGGUUGUUAAAGUGGCCAAAUGGAUGACAGCCUGGCUAUUUUUCAAGACUCCAGAGGAAGGUGCAUCUACAACCAUCUAUGCAGCAGUUUCGCCUGAGAUGGAAGGAGCUGGUGGCUGCUACCUUUACAAUGAGGAAAGGACAAAAUCGGCUGAUUUAGCUUACGAUGAGGAGCUGCAGAGAAAGCUGUGGACAGAAAGCUGCAAGAUGGUUGGGAUUGCUGAUGAAUCCAGCAGACUUCCCUAGAAGAAGCCACUUCCAGCUGGGUAAAUGAAAAGCAUUGACAAGCAUUUUAGGUGAAUUCUUGCAGCAUCAAUCAUCAUCCUGGAAAUCACUGUUCAGUCCCAAAGGCAAACAUGAACAGCUCUGUUCUUCACCUGAACCCCUAGGUUGCUAGGGUGUGGGGGGAAUAUUCCCACAGAAGGAUGUAGUGGUUGGUUUUAAAUCUAACCAUCAGUUUUGUAAAUCAUGUUUCAGUCUGUGAU